AAAGAAAUUAUUAACGUUAUUCGAAGCAAAUUGUUUUUGUGUUUAGAGAGAUGAAGAGGUCGAUAGACGAGGUUUAUAACAUGGAUUCUCAUGAACUGGAGGAGCCACCAUCUAUGGACUGUUCUCUGGAAUUUGUAAGGGUGUUGAAGGACGUACUUAUUCCCAACGAAAUGGAUAAAUAUAAUGCCUUUAUGAAUGCCAUGAAAGAGUUCAAGAAUCAAAGAUUGGAUUAUGAAACUUUGAUAAAAAAGAUAACUAAUUUAUUUAUUGAAGACCAUCAACACUUGAUUUCAGGUUUCAAUACCUUCUUACCAAAAAAGUAUCGGAUUACACACGUUCAUCAUGAGGAAGAUGAAGAUGAAGAGGAAGAGAAUGAUGAAGAGGAUGCCAAUAAUAUUGAUGCACUUGAAGAAGCUGAAACUUUUGUCAACAAAAUCAAGACCAGAUUCCAAGGCGAAAACGAUGAUUAUAUGUAUAAAUCAUUCUUACUGAUUUUGGCCAAGUGCAAAGACGUAAAUAAGCCACCUAUCUCACAAGUCCAUAAAGAAGUUGAAAUAUUGUUUAAAGAUUAUCCAGACUUACUCGUGGAAUUCACAAAUUUUUUACCCCUUGAAGUUCAAAAACAUAAUAAUAAUAAUAAUUAUAAACUUGACCUUAAUAAGUGUGUGAAUUGCACACCAAGUUAUCGUCUUAUACCAAUGAAUUAUCCAACACCUUGUGUUAGCCAAAGGACAAAGCUUGGUGGUGAAGUGUUGAAUGACCAUUGUGUUUUAUUCAGUAGUUCAGUAAGUGAUCAAGAGUAUCAAUCAUCUAAACAUGGGAGCAAAAACCAAUACCGAGACAUUUUGUUUAAGUGUGAAGAUGACAUGUUUGAAUUAGACAUGUUGUUAGAGUCUGUGAAAUCAACAAUCGAGCGUGCGGAGAAACUCAUGGAAAGUAUGAAUAACAAGUUAGUAAGAGGCUGUAUUGAAAAUCACUUCACACCUAUGAACCUUAGAUGUAUUGAAAUGUUGUAUGGUGACUAUGGGCUUGAUAUUUUGGACCAACUUAGGAAGAAUACUUGUCGUGUGUUGCCUGUUAUAUUAAAUCGUUUGUACCAAAAACGACAAGAGCAUGAAGCAUCUCGUUCUAGUUUUAAUAAAAUAUGGGCUAAUGUAUUUGCAGAGAAUCAUCAUAAGUCACUGCUUCAUCGUACCAAGCAACAGGACACCGAGGCAGAGAUAGAAGAAUCAGAGAGAAGUUAGAAUUUAUUAAGUGGUUGGUUCAAUGUAGGUAACAUAAAUUUUUUGGUUGUUAGAGUACAGUUUAUGGAUCUUAAUUUUUCUUUUAUUAUAUGAGGCAACUUUUAUUGUGUUUUAUUAUAUUUGGGAUUCUUAGUUCAGGUGUUUUGGAUAUAUAUCUAAUUCACUAAUUAAUUAGAUUGUGUUAUUUGAUGUUUAUGUAUUUUAGAUAUGAGUUUGGUAAUUCUUUUGUUUUUUAAUUUUUAAAUCCCAAAAUAAAAGUAAAAUUUUUAUUUUUAAUUUUGUUUUUUAAUUUUAAAAACAGAAAACAAAAA